GUCGAGUUAUCAGCGGCUAACUGGCAUUUUGCCUGGCCGACUCGUAUUUUUUCUGAAUUAAAUUCAUUCACGAACAUGCUUCUAUUUAUACUGUUUUUUCUAUUCACUACAACCACUAAAAAUAAUCCUACCAACGUAAUACGGAUUUUGUGACCUCAACGUCGACCGUACGAGUUUUCUAUCGAGAAUUUGUUUAUAAUUUAUAGAGGCUUAUCUGUUCGGUGUUUACGACAUAGAUUUAGAUAUUAGUUUGUGCGCCUAGCUAAAAAAAAACUUAGAUAAUAGUGUGCUAGUUAAACACGUCUAGUUUUUUAGUCCAUUUUUACACAGGCAGCAGCAGUAAAGCCUAAGUAUGUCGAGAGACAGGGCUUCUCGAAGGUUCUACCGUGGAGAAUCUUACAGUAACAUGUCGGCAUGCAUGGACCGCGGCAUGGCAGCCGAGGAAGAGAACCGGUGGAAUUUCGAAGUGGCAUGGGAAGCCGCCAACAAAGUGGGGGGAAUCUAUACCGUGGUGCGGUCGAAAACCUUCGUGUCGACUGAAGAACUCGGCGACCAGUACUGCUUGAUAGGUCCAUACAAGGAGCACCACGCGAGAACUGAAGUGGAAGAAUGUCCGUUGUCUUCAGACAAUUUAAACAAAGCCGUGGAUUGUCUGCGGCAAAAGGGGUUCAAAGUCCACACAGGCAGGUGGUUGGUCGACGGCAAUCCCCAGAUAAUCCUCAUGGAUAUCGGCUCUGCCGCGUGGAAGCUCGACGAAUACAAGUCCGAGCUGUGGAACAAAACAAACAUCGGCGUGCCCCACUUGGAUAUCGAGGCAAACGACGCCAUUAUCUUGGGUUACAUGGUUGCCGAUUUCUUAGGAGAGUUUAGGAAUAUAGCGGAAGAACUUGGAGACGGCGUGCCGGCCAGGGUUCUGGCUCAUUUCCACGAGUGGCAGGCCGGAGUGGGGUUGAUUGUGCUGCGUAUGCGUCACGUUAACAUAGCUACCGUGUUCACGACACACGCUACUUUGCUGGGGAGAUAUCUGUGCGCGGGCAGCACGGAUUUCUACAAUAACCUCGAUAAGUUUAACGUAGAUGAAGAGGCGGGAAAACGUCAGAUCUACCACAGAUAUUGCAUGGAACGGGCAGCCAGUCAUUUAUGCCACUGUUUCACCACUGUCUCCGACAUUACAGGUUACGAGGCAGAGCAUUUACUGAAGCGAAAACCGGACGUGAUUACGCCGAACGGUCUCAACGUCAAGAAAUUCUCCGCAUUGCACGAAUUCCAGAACCUCCACGCCGUUUCCAAGGAAAAAAUUCACGAGUUCGUACGGGGGCAUUUCUACGGCCAUUACGACUUCGACUUGGACAAGACGUUGUACUUUUUCACGGCCGGCAGGUACGAGUUUGGCAACAAGGGCGCGGACGUAUUCAUCGAGGCCUUGGCCAGACUCAACCACUACUUGAAGUCCACUCAUCCCGACGUAACGGUGGUGGCGUUCAUGAUUUUCCCUGCGAAGACCAACAAUUUCAACGUGGAGUCGCUCAGGGGACACGCCGUAACGAAGUCGCUCCGGGACAACAUCGGGGACAUCCAGAGUAAGAUCGGGAAACGGAUGUACGAGAUUUGCUUGAGCGGGCGACUGCCCGACGGGAACGAGUUGAUGCAGAAGGAAGAGUUGAUCCGUCUCAAACGGUGUAUCUAUUCUCUGCAAAGGGAUUCUCUGCCGCCUGUAACGACGCACAACGUCGUCGACGAUUGGAACGAUCCAGUAUUAAACUCGAUACGGAGGUGCAACUUGUUUAACACCACCCACGAUAGAGUGAAGAUCGUGUUCCAUCCAGAAUUUUUGAGCACGACGAACCCCCUGUUCUCGUUGGAUUACGAGGAAUUCGUCAGGGGUUGCCAUUUGGGCGUUUUCCCCAGCUACUACGAACCGUGGGGCUACACGCCCGCGGAAUGCACCGUCAUGGGUAUUCCCAGCGUCACGACCAACCUUUCAGGUUUCGGCUGUUUCAUGCAGGAACACAUAUCCGACCCCAUGUCGUACGGCAUCUACAUCGUCGACCGCAGAUACAUAUCCCUAGAAGACAGCAUAAAACAGCUCGCCCAGUACAUGUACGACUUUGCCAGGCUGAACCGCAGACAACGAAUCAUCCAGAGGAAUAGGACCGAGAGAUUGAGCGACAUGUUGGACUGGAGAAACUUGGGAGUUUAUUAUCGACAAGCGCGGAUGAAAGCCUUGCACAAGGUCUACCCCGACUACAAGGAGGAGAUGGAGAACGGCAUAGGCACCCUGAGGUACCCCAGGCCUUUGUCGGAGCCGCCUUCCCCCAGCUCGAGUAGGGUCACUACCCCUGCGGCUUCGGUUCACGGGUCCGACGACGAGAGCGACUCGGUAGACGAGGAAGGAGAGUUGGAAGAAUUGAGAAGACAAUAGCGAGAAUUCCUAGAGGCCAAGUUUUGAUAUACCCGAAAAAUACUCCUUUUAAUUGCAAUAAUGAAAAUUGGUUUAUGUAAAUUGUUGGAAAUCUUCAAUUUUAUUAGGUUGUUGUGGAAAGAUAGGGCCAUAUUUGUGUACGAUUUAAGUAUCGCUCGUACUAUUCCUCGUGGUUCCGUGAAAACUUCCAUGACUGCUAAAUUUAAGUUAGAUCCACGUCUGGAGCUAGUUAUUCUUGCCAUUCGCGUCGAUGAAGGUUAGAAGUACGAGCGAUACUCAAGUUAUUAUUGUAAAUAUCCUUAGGCGAGUACAUCGAAUUUCUUUAACAUUUAUUUUAUUUGGAGCACCUUAUAGUGUUAAAUUGUAUGAGAGUAUACAUAAAAUAGAUUUUUUUCUUUUUAAA